AAAGAUAUUUUCACUCAAGUUCAAGUCCUCCAGAGCUGGAUCCAAGACCAGGACUAAAGAUUCUCUGACAGGUCUAGAAAGAGAGAUGACCGGGAUCCUCUGUGGGUAAUAUAUUUUCCAUUGACAAGAACCUCAUACAGCCACACAACUAAAUUAACUUUAAUUACAUUAAAUUAAUGUGGUUUUUUUAAAACUAUCCCUUUAAAGGCUUAUCACGGUAACAUGCAGCAGACCUUAUACCCCUUUUCGACCAAGGCAGUUUCAGGGCUGGUUCAGAGCCGGCCCUCAAUUGAGAGCGUGGAUAUACAACCAGUUUCACGUUGGUUGAAAAGAGAUAUUAGUGACAACUAUUAGUGGUGAAAAAUGAAGCCAAUACAAAAGUGCAUCCAACUGCAGUUUCUCUAAUGUCCACUUGAGGCUGUCUCCUAAAGUGAGUCAGUGCCCAUAGAGCCCCGUGUUUAAAUGUCCAAGAGUAGAAAUAAACAUAUUUACCGUCUGGUAAUAAAACAUUUUGGCUCUCUAUAGCUUAUUUCUCUAUUCAGGACAACUGUAGAUGCUGAAUUUAUAUACAACUCACCUGUUUACAUUACAUUAUGACUUGUGUUUAAGACUUUGAGUGACAGGUGGAUACAACUGGCUCUCUGCUAGAUACCUCUAAACCAGUUCAAUCACUGAACUUAACCUCUGGGCCACUAGGUUUGUGAGGUUUAUGCCACUAACUAGACAUCCAGACGAAACCAGGAGUCUGUUGUUGUGGACAGUAGUGACAAGAAGAGCAUUUUAUUUAAGUUGCACAGUACAUCAGUCAUUCAAUGUUCUUUCAUCUGAAACUUGAAACCUGGAUGAGCUGGCACUCUUUGGGAAACUUAAUUUCAACUCUUUACCUUUUAUUGUUUUCUUUAAACACAUGUUUUAUUGCUAUAAGUGUGCAUUGCAUUGUGUUUUAUAUCUAUGUCCCAUAGUUUGUCAGUAUUGUUAUGCCCUGCAUGCAAAAGCUGCUGAACGUAUCCUUUGUUGCAUGAUGUCAUAGCAACGCAACUCAGUGUGUACCAGGUCAACGUGAUUUCAUGCAACGUGACACAAUAAAGGCACCUUUUUUUUAAUGAAGCAGCGUGAAAAGGGUGCAUGGUUAGUGAAAGGGGCAAUGACCAUUUUGUUGGAGAGAUCAUUGUUUCUUUGUUUUCACCCAUGAAGUCGCUUCAUGACAUUUAAUUAGUUUGAAGUGUUUAAAGGACCCUUGUUUCAUUUGGGUCAGAGUUUCUUAAAUAAGCUUGUGUAAGGCUGACCUUGCCUGCAGAGGUUGAUAGUGGAGCUUCUGUUCUGUUGAUUCAAUAUCUACACCUGUGCUCACCUGCUCCUACCCAGCCAACACUCUACUUCUAAAAAACUUUUAAAAAUACAUUGGCCAAAUUUGAAACCAGCUCCAAAGUGAACAUUUUUCACCAACUAUUUGAAGAAGAUUAAACAUCUCUGUGUAGAUCAUACUUCAAGAUUCAUCACACAUCCACACACAUUUUAACUCAGAAUUUCAGAUUGAGUCUCAUAAAUAAAUGCUGGCAAACACAUUGAUCAUCCCAGCCGCUUCCCACUCAGCUGCAAACCACCCCAAUACCUGCUGCAGGUCCCUGCCUGAAGAAGCCAACAGAACCACAUCAUCUGCAAAAGCAGAGAUGGACCUAUGAGGUCCCCAAACUGUAAACCCUCCUCCCGCCCUCAGCAUCUUGAGGUCCUGUCCAUAGGAUAACAAACAGAAUCAGUGACAAGGAGCAACCCUAAGUCAUUUUUCAGCUAUAUGAAAUCCUGUCUAUGCAAAGAUAGAAUUAAACACAGCAGAAGAACAAAGAGGACUCAGGCUCCUGAGCUGGGUCUACCUGCAGGCAGAAAGAGCUGAGUAAUAUGUAACAUCAUUGCUUCCUUAUGUCACUGUGGCUGAUAGUGAUGGGUGCUGGACUAGUUUUUGGCCAUGGCGUGUUUGAUUCAAGAUUGUGAAGACAUGUUUUUCAAUGGUGAGUGGGAAGCCCUGCUCACCUUAAGAAUCAUUUAGCUGUCAUGUGAGAUAGAGAUUUAAAAUCUAAGUUAAUAUGUUUGUGGAUAUGUAAUUAUUAUUGUAUCAGAGGCUAAUAAACAUUUGAUCAUCCUCUACAAAGAUGUCACUUUUGAACCAUUUUAACACCUUUUAAACAGAGCUCAUAGACGUUUUGUAAAUGUUGCAAUAGAAGAAUGCUCACUGGGGAUGGAUAAAUGACUAUAAGAGAUCAGUGGCACACACUGGUUGGGAAACCAGGAGGCAUGGGUGAAAGUCAGGCUACUAAAUGUAACCUUUUCAGCUAAAGUAAGUGAAUGUGUGAUGAAUCUUGUGGCAGAAAAAGAGUUGUCAAAGAAAAAAGCUUUAAGCUUCAAACCAGUCUUGAACAAGGUCUUUUUUUUUAACUAAGUCAAGUCAAGUCAACUUUAUUUAUAAAGCACUUUUAAAACAACCAGUGUUGGCCAAAGUGCUUUACAAAGUAAAAAAAUUCAAGAAGACAACAAUAAACAAUACAUUUAAAUAAAAAUGCAAAAACAAGUCAAAUCUGUCAGGAUGUUAAUGUUCUCAUCUCGAGGAGAAGGCCAAAGAGAAGAGAUGGGUCUUCAAUAAGGAGUUAGGACAUUCAGUAGUGGGGACUGAUCAUAUCUAAAGUAGUAAGCUAUUCCAGAGAUUAUGUCCAUUCAAUGGAAAAAUGCCUGAAAUGAGAGGUCUCUGUUCCAUCUGCUCAGGUGCAACCUUACAUACAUAAAAGGCCAGGGCUGCCUGCUGUCAGAGCCCGGCUGAUAACCAUCACACUCCAGCUCAGUGACACUGUCAGUCAAAUGACUGGCUGUCCACUCAAUAUCUUUGACUCUGAGUUGAAACCGGCAAAUUGUCUUCUUAUCCAUCACGAGGAUUUAAAGCGAUGAGUGGACAUCUAAUCCCACUUACACUGUUCUCUCCACUUCAUAAUACAAAUGCACCCUGCUUUCUGCAUCUGCAAUAAGCAGCAACCUCAGGUCUAAAAAUAUGAGUCCAAUGCAGAAGUGUUAGAAACUGCAGUUCAUCGAGGAUCCACUUGAGGCUGGUUCUGGAAGUACCGGAAGUCACAUACACAUGAAUGGGAAAAAGCUGAUCUUUACAGCAGAAAUAAACAUGUUUACAGCCUGGUUCAAAAGAUGAGUGUAGUCUGGAUAGCUCAUUUGUCUACACUGUAGGGCGAGUAAAAAAAAAUUCUAACGUGGUACUUUUGAAGAUAUUGAGAUUACAAGACUUCCAAUGAGAGGCACAGCUGACUUGAUUGACAGGUGAGAACACUGUAGCUGUUGGCGAGGAGGCUCAAAGCCCGCCUCUUUACGUCACACUCGCUCGACAGCAGCAAUAUGGUUCCUGCAGCCGAUUGGUCUCAAAACAGCUCUUCAGAAACAAAAGGGUGACAUCAUGGAUCCUACGUCCAUAUUCUAUACAGUCUAUGGUCUCCAAGUGUGAGCCCAACUGGUGAAAUCUGCUGGUUCUCACCUUCAGACGCCUUAAGCCCUGCCAGACACUGAGUGGAGUGUCUGCUGUUGGACUGAUGUUGGGGUUGAAAAUAUGAAUUUGACUCAGAGGGAUACAGGCAACAGGGGAGUUUCUUUUUUAAAUAUCCUAAACCACAUCAGAGCCUGAAACCAGCUUCAUCCAAGCAAACCUGUGAACUGUAAGGUGUCAGCAGCGUGUGGAGCUGUGUGAGGAGAUGUUUAGUCUCCCUGUUGUAUUUUUAAUGCUAACCUCACUAGUGUCAGCUCCUGCCCUUGCAUAUCUUCUUCAGCUUCAUUCAUUUCAUUUUCAGUUUCACUCAGCUGCUCAUGAGUUUGGUAUCAGUGAAUCCAGAUUACUCACUUCCUUCCUCCUUCUCCUCUUGACUGGCUCUCUUCUACUUUGUGUUUUCAUAACUCUGCAUCAUCAUUCCUGGUGUGGUUGCUCAUAUUUUGAGCCUCAUUUCAUCCAAUAGUUUCUUCAUUUUGUUCAAUCAGACCAGAUACUUCUUUUUAAAAGACCACCUGUUUUCUCUCUUAAAGUCUUUCCUUCUCAUUUGGUGAAACUGCAGAGCCUCUGUUUGGUACUCAGACAAAGGACGGAUAGCUUGUCCUUCCAAAAGAAUAUUUACUGAGGCCACGUUGAUUUCUUAUUUUCAGUUAAUCCCACAAACUGUUUCAGCAAUCAACUCAUCUCCUCUAGAGCAGGCUCCUGCUUAUUUGCAUGGGUCUGGGCCCAUGCUUUGCAUUUCAUAUUAUUUCCCCUGACUUAUCCUGCCAAGGCCGAGCUACCACCCAACACUCCCACUCCCCCCUCCUUUCGGUCAAUCCCUUUGAGUCUCUCUCUCACUCAUUAUGAAGUGUUAGAAAGUUGCUGAAGUGAGAAAUGAGCCUGCAAAAGCUCGUUGUCCUAAUUAAACUUUGACAUAAAGAGUGACAAGAAGCGAUGAAGGGGAAACAAUAGCAGACUGUGCAAGAGUGCAAGUCCGGAGAAAGCAAGCAGCUUUGUCCCCAAGAACAAAAGGAUUUGUUUGCAUGUGUUCAACUCCAUUCAACUUCACCAGGCCCAGGUGCAAAAACCAACUUUGGGAGGAACAUCACAACUCAUCACACCUUUGCAUGGUUGAUGAGCAGUCUGCAGUCGCUCUAAAUAGGCAGACAGAAACAGAUCAAAGCGGCAGUGUUGGGAUGUAAAUAUUGUGCAACAGAAUUAAUUCAGUCUCAUUACUUUCACUGCGCAGACUCAAAGACAGGCAGAGUAUUCAUUUGUAAAGUUUUACUCUCUCCACACACACACACACACACACACUCUCUCUCUCUCUGCUGCUCUCACACAAAGCUCUGUGAAGAAUGCUCACCAUCAUUUCAACUCUUACAAUAAAAAUAAAAAUGCACUGCUGUGUUUAACCCUGUGAUGACUGCUGAUAAUGGUAACUGCCUCACAGUCCUGCUUGCUAUCACAAAAGAAGGUAACAGAGACUGUCCCUUUGCCAGAGUCUCUCACAUUGUCUCCAGGCAUUCUUAAUAAAUGUAGCAGGUUGUUUUUAAAGUGCAGGAAGAACAAGACUCCUCUCAGAUACGGGCCCUUGUUGACUGGGGCGGAGUUGGGCUCUCCUCUAUGGUGAGUGGAGUGGAGGGAGGAACUCCACAUUCUUAUAAAAAGCCGGUGGCAGAGCUGACAGCGCGGAGAGCAGACGGAAAGGACGGACUGGACCUCUUUAUUUAACCCAGAAUGGCACAGAACGGAACAACAGAGAAUGGAGUGGCCGACGACAUGCCUUUCCCCCAGCCCGUCAAAGUCCAGGACAUCAGACACACCAAGAUUUUCAUAGACAAUGAAUGGCACACAUCCAGCAGAGGAAAGACGUUUCCAACCUUCAACCCAGCGACAGGUGUCAAAAUCUGUGAUGUGGAAGAGGCAGACAAGGAAGACGUGGAUCAGGCGGUGAAAGCAGCGAAGUUGGCCGGGAAGAGAGGCUCUCCGUGGCGGAGGAUGGACGCGUCGAGCCGGGGGAGACUGUUGCACAAACUGGCCGACCUGAUGGAGAGGGACCGGCUCUUACUCGCGACUCUGGAGAGUCUGGACACAGGGAAGCCCUUCCUGCAGUCCUUCUUCAUCGACCUGGACGGCAGCAUCAAAACCCUUCGAUACUACGCAGGCUGGACCGACAAGAUCCACGGGAAGAGUCUACCUGUAGAUGACACCUUUGUGUGUUUAACCAAACACGAGCCCGUAGGAGUCUGUGGAGCCAUCAUCCCAUGGAACUUCCCUCUGCUGAUGUUCAUGUGGAAGAUAGCUCCGGCCCUGAGCUGUGGGAACACUGUGGUCAUAAAGCCAGCGGAGCAGACCCCCCUCACCGCACUGCACGUCGGAUCGCUUAUCAAAGAGGCUGGGUUUCCUCCUGGAGUUGUGAACAUUGUGCCGGGGUUCGGUCCUACAGCAGGAGCAGCGAUCGCCGAUCACAUGGAUGUGGAUAAAUUGGCGUUUACCGGCUCUACAGAGGUGGGUCAGCUGAUCAAAGAAGCGGCCGCCAAAAGUAACCUGAAGAGAGUGACUCUGGAGCUCGGGGGGAAGAACCCGUGCAUCGUGUUUGCAGAUUGUGACUUGCAGCUAGCUGUGGAGGAGACCCAAAAGGGAGCUUUUUAUAACCAGGGUCAGUGCUGCACGGCUGCAUCUCGUGUGUUUGUGGAGGAGAGUAUCUAUGAAGAGUUUGUACGUCGCAGCGUAGAAAAAACCAAAAAGAUUGUCAUCGGAGACCCGCUGGACCCCCGAACAUCACAUGGGCCUCAGAUUGACCGUCAGCAGUUUGACAAGAUCAUGGAUCUGAUCGCAAGCGGGAAGAAGGAGGGAGCCAGGCUGGAGCACGGAGGAGCAGCCGUGGACGAGAAGGGCAUCUUCAUUCAACCCACCAUUUUCUCAGGGGUUAGAGACCACAUGCGCAUCGCCCAAGAAGAGAUCUUUGGUCCUGUUCAGUGUAUAUUCAGCUUUAAGAGCCAGCAGGAGGUCAUAGAGAGAGCAAACAGCUCAAAGUAUGGCCUGGUGUCCGCAGUCUUCACAACCAGCAUGGACAGAGCUCUGUCUGUGUCUGCAGCCCUGGAGACUGGCACUGUCUGGAUAAACUGCUACAACGCUCUUCAUGCUCAGACUCCUUUUGGAGGAUAUAAGAUGUCAGGAAACGGACGUGAGCUGGGGGAGUACGCUCUGGCCGAGUACUCGGAGGUGAAAGCAGUGACCAUCAAACUCAGUGAAACUCUGUGAGACAGUCCAGUGAAACAAAAGGACAACACACAUCUUCACCCCUCACACACUGUCCUCUGUCCUCAGUCCUGCUCAUGUUGUCCAGAUCAGCGUGAGGACGAUCUUUAGAGUGUAGACCACGUGAGACGAUCACUCACUUGUGACAAAGGUGUCAUUACAUAGUGUCUUAUAUUUGCUGUCUUUGGUUGAAGGUUGUAACCCUGUCUCUGUAUAAAGAUGUACUCUCUUGUAGAUGUAAACGUCCUCUUCUUCUGGUGUUCAGUGACCUUUGACCUCUGCCAGGUGAUGCUGGGAACAGUAUUGGUCAGUCUCUUAUCCGAGGCUCACUGUCUGCUGGGUUGUGCCCUAUGUUCUGUCAUUUGUCUUGUUCUGAAGUGUUAAAAUCAGAUCCUUGAACCUGUUUUUAACUCCCCUUUUUGAUCUCCUUACUUGUUUGUGUUUCCUGUAUAGUGUGUUUUUUUUUCAUUUUGCUCUAAGUCACAUGGCUGACAAGAGCAAACGCAAGCAUAGGGAGCAAACUCAGAAAUGAUGACGAUUCAAAAGUGCAUGCAAAAAAGUCUGACGCGACUUCUGCAGCUCCUUGUCCCUCGGGGCUUCACCUAAAAAAACCCUGCUCAGGUCUCUGUGUCAGAGCAUAGGUCAUGUUUGCUGCAUAUCUCCUGGGGACUGCAGUUUUAACGUUAUCCCCUGUGGUCAUGUAAGCAACAGGUUCCCUGCCUCGUCCUUGUCACUGUGCAGUCGAUCUUAACACAGCUUUUACUAAGGUUUGUUAUUUGCAGUCUUUUCUUGUUGCAUUUUUUUGUACUUUUGCAUGUUAUAUUUUUUGAUUUGCAUCAUUUCUGAAUUUGUGGUCUGUUUCUCUUUGUGGGAACUGUCUUGCCGAGAGUCCCUGUUGGCCUGUAAGUGACUAAAAUAAAUGUUCUUCACACAGACAUGUUUAAACCUCCUCUCCAAUACAAGCACCUACGACAACCGCACCAUCUCCAAAAUGAUUGAAGAAACGUUCUACACAAAGACAGAAAUUAGAGUUCAAGUGAUUACAUUUUGAGAGUGAAGUUCUAAAACUUCAGCAGUGUCAUGUUUGUAAAACUGGAAGUAAUGCUGAAAGUUUCAGUUUCAUUUUAACAUUUUCCUCUCGGAUUCAACUUUUGACAUUUUCACUUUUUUUUUAAAUUCAACUUUGAUACCAAUAUUUAAACUUGCUGAUUUUAUUUUUGACUUUAACAUUUUUUUUUCAUUUUCUCAAGUUUUUAAGAGGUUGGAAAUUUGGCCUCAUUAUAGAUGUAAUGACAUUUUAACAACACUCAUAUUUCUAAUAUUUUCACAUUUCCCGAAGAAUUUCAACAUUUCAGCCUUAAAAUCAACAUUUUUACAUUUCACCUUUAUCCUCAUCAUUUGGACUUUUUUUUUUUUCUUGACAUUUUUAUUAUAUUCAUGACAUUUGGACUUUUCAAAUGCUCAAAAGUAUGAAUAAACUCCUACCAGUUCUCAUACAGGUCUAACAUUUUUCCUGAAGGUCACCUUCUUUUAUUGUGCUUUAAUGAUGACUGAACUACUGUAUCUUUUCUUUCUACCAGAAAGUCUGUCAGAUUAACCUCAGAGACCAGGGUCUAAAUAUUUUUUACUAAACAGGACUAGCAGGUGAAGAAGAAGUUGUUUUUCUGUCACGUGGAUGAUCCAUGGUGUCCCUCAGCAUGAGAGCAUUCAUUAGAGUAAUAGGCUUAAAACAUGCUAAUUAAUCAGCACUGAUAGGAUUUAACAUGUGAGGGUUAGACUGUCACUUUCUUGAUAAAUUCAGAUACACUUAAUUUAACCUUUCAACAUACUGACAGGACCUGUGUCUACUGUCUCUGAUGAGGUAACAUUCACCUGGAUGUUAGCAUUUUAGUGCUGGACCAGCAGCAGUGGUGCAAUGUUGCAUGGAUAAGAUAAGAUAUUACUUUAUUUUAUAUAGAGUCAACGUGAUCUUUUUUGUUAUCACUGUCAUUUUUUACCAAUUUGUUUUGGUGUUUUUUAUCAUCACACAUGGACAAAAGAUCUGUCUGCUUUUUCUCACAUUAGUUUGUAUUUAAACAGAAACUCUGAAUAAAAAUAUUAAAGUCA